AUGCUUGUGAGUGGAUAUGCCGACAGCGAUGUUGAGCAGCAUAUACAUAUACAUGCAGCAGUCCGCAGUGGAAUAACCAUGACUGGCUCCAAGGGGAGUAAUAACGGAAAGGCAAGGAGGUCCGACCAAAUCGAAAUUCUGCUUGUCCUACAAUUCACCCGCCUGGAACGCUUGGUUUUUAACUCACAAAAGGUCGCCCAAAAGCACCACCACCUCCCAGUUAGGCCAUGUGAUACGGACUUUAUGCUUAAUGCUUUAGUAAAGAUCGUCAAUCGGUUUUCUUCCCCUAAAUUUCAUAUGGCCAACACUGGAGUCGUCUGGGCAGGGAGACCUUAUGGGGACGCGAAAACCGAACUGGAUGCCAGGAGGAAAUUCAAAUCAGAACUCGAAAAAUUCACUUCGGUUCAUUGCAUAGGUGUCAAGAUGCGCGGCAAAUGGGUAUAUAAAGAGCUAGCCAGAGAGUCAGUGUGA